CGAUCAUCUGCAUAUUCAUCAUCGAAACAUUAAAAUUGUAUUCCAAACCAUAAUUACAAGCAAUCGAGGGGUGUUGGCCACAAAGUCAACUCCCAUAUUUUGAAUUCAAGGAUACGAAUUGAUUUCUAUUGUAAAGGUAGGAAGUAAAUGCUUACUCAGGUAAGACGUUGGAACUGAAAUUCAGCUGACAACAACACGCAACUCAAUUAUAUUAAAACAUAAAAACAUAGGAGACAGAAUUGCAACAUUUGUCAGCAAUGUGUCUUUGUAAGACUUAGGCUACUAGGUAACGACAACGUCAAUGAAUCAUAGGUACCGGUAUUAGGAGUUAAGCCCAAAAUAUACAUAUAAACCAUCCCACGGAUUAUCUAUCCGUACGAAAGUCCUUCUGCUUAGUAUCAUACUUUACGUAUAUCUACCUACUGUACACUUCACGUCUAUCACUAUGGCUGCCAUUGCAAAGACUAUUGUCGCGACAGGCACCUCCUCAGGCUUGGGGUUCGAGCUUGUCAAACAACUUCUCGCCCAGGCGCAACCAUAUAACUUCAUCCUCGGUGCUAGAGAUACACAGAGGACGCAAGCAGCUUUCGAAGGCCUCAAAUAUGACACUAGCAAGCACAGCUUAACUAUCCUUCCCGUAGAACUAUCGGACCUUACGACAGUCAAGACUUUUUCGCAGAAAGUCCUUGACAAGGUCGGACAGGGCAAAGUUGACUACCUGUUGCUGAAUGCAGGCAUGUGGAAGAGUAGUACCGAUGCUGGCCCUCGUGGCUCCAAAUGGAACGAUUCUUAUAUCGUUAAUCAUCUCUCUCAGCAUUACCUCAUUCACCUUCUUCAAGAGAAGCUAGAAGCCUCGCAGUCGCGCAUCGUUGUCGUCUCCUCGGGAGCGAUUCGGGGGGCAACAGAUACUUCUGCACUUGACGAGGAUGCCAAGGCUGGCUCUACACCAGUGAAUAGUCUAUAUAGUGCCACGAAGUUCAUCCAACUUCUCGGGGCUCACUGGUGGCAUCGCCAACUCCAGGGCAAGUGCCAAGUGGUUGCUGUAUCGCCCGGUAUGAUCCCUGGCACGAACCUUGCGCGGCAUGCCUCCCAAACAAUUCCCGCGAAUCACCCAGAUGCGAAGACUAUCGCUGAAGGUGCCCAAAGUAUUUACCGUGCUUUUACCCGAGACGACUUCCCUGAAGACCCCGACCAGAUUUUCUUAACUAGCUGGGGUGAAUGGUGGUCUAAGGAUAUCUACAGCCUCAGCCUAGAUAAGAAGCUUCAGGACAAGUGGUGUCCAAGCAAGGAAGACAUUGAAAGGGAUGAAGGCAUCACAGCUUAGUCUAUUCCAUCCAAGCUGGAGGAAGUGUGUCUCGAUGAUCUUGGGGUGUAUAAAACAAGGCACCAACCAUGUAAGCUCGACUUACCUAACCUAGGUCAUGACUGUAUUAUACGAUGACUUCGCCUAUAAUAUCAGAAACGAUAUUUUUGAUUGCAAUCAGCCAUAUGCCACGUCCUCUUGAACCCCACAUUGGUAUCGCUUUGCCAUUGCCAACACGCGCGCCUUAUCCCCCUACUAGCUGCCACAUACGAUAGGACAUACAAACACGGCAAACAAAUGCGAAAGGAAUCUGCAAAAAGAAAAAGAAAAAAGAAUUGGUACAGGAGGGAUUUAACCUCCAAAGCUGGACUCGCGGGGAAUCGAACCCCGGACCACUCCCAUGCUAAGGGAGUAUUAUACCACUAAACCACAAGCCCGGGCUUAUCAAAAGAUAGGCGGUGAUCUUUCAAUUG